AUGCAACGAUCCAAGGGUCGGUGGCUGGAUGCGGCCAGGGUGAUGACGCGGCACCACUGCCAGCGUGGCUGUGCUGGAGCUGCUUACCACGUUACAAGCACACCUCAUGCAGCUCCAACCCUAAUCGAUAUUCGCGAGGCGGAAGGAGGCGGACCGUCGGAAAUUGGAUCUGAAAUGUCAGGAUGGGGGAAGAAAGCGCGGACGGAGGGAAGGGGUCAAUCCGACCUUGUGAUUGCCGGGGAUCUUGGGGUUGCCGUGGUGCCGUACCAUCUUGGCGGAAGGCGGUGGUAUUCUGCUUUUCGUGGGAUGGAGGCGGCUGUGAUUGGUGGUCUCGGCUAUGCUGAUUCGCGACAGGUCCACAUACCACGUCACAGCUCCGUCUUGUCCCGAUAUUUCUCCUCCACGACCCCUCCUGAAGAACCCAAGCCGAAGAACUACGAGCACUACUACCCCAAGAGGAAGGCGGAGGAAGAGGGACGGCCUGCAGCUGCCGCUCAAACGCCAGGCGAGAAACCACAAGCCAGCGGACCCCAGCAGGAAUCAGCAACAGCAGGCGGAGCAGGAGGCGCAGGAGGAGGGGAGGGGGAUGGCAAGAAAGCAGACAGCAGCAGCGGCGGCAGUGAGGAGGGCAAGAAGAAAGGGCAGAAUUUCUGGGACGAGGCAUUUCCCAAGGACUUUCAGAACAGCCUCUACCCCUUGCUGUCCGCGGCGUUUUUCCUCUCGCUCACGUCGAUGCUAACGAGUGAUGCCAGCAGCGAGGCGGUGGAGAUCAGCUUCCAGGAGUUCAAGAACGAGCUGCUGGAGAAGGGGCUCGUAGCCAAGGUGGAGAUAGUCAACCGCACCAAGGCCAAGGUGGAGCAGAUGGCGGCCUACCGGUACUACUUCCAGAUUGGCAGCGUUGACUCGUUUGAACGCAAGCUGGAUGACGCCCAGAACGCCAUGGGCAUUGACGGCCACAACAGGAUCCCAGUGACCUAUGCCUCUGAAGUGAGCUGGCAGCAGGAGCUGCUGCGUCUGCUCCCCACGGCGCUCAUCAUUGCCGCCUGGAUCUACUUCAGCCGUGGCCUGCAGUCCGGCUUCGGCAUGGGCGGCAUGGGCGGCCCGGGCGGCACAGGCGGCGCCAAGGGGAUCUUCAACGUGGGAAAAGCAGCAGUGACAAAAAUGGACAAGCACAGCAAGAACAAGGUCUAUUUCAAAGACGUCGCGGGGUGUGACGAGGCCAAGCAGGAGGUUAUGGAGUUUGUACACUUUUUAAAGAACCCCGCUAAGUACCAGGCACUCGGGGCGAAAAUCCCAAGGGGGGCGCUGCUGGUGGGGCCGCCUGGCACGGGGAAGACGCUGCUGGCCAAGGCGACGGCGGGGGAGGCGGACGUGCCAUUUCUGUCCAUCUCUGGUUCGGAUUUCAUGGAGAUGUUUGUCGGCGUGGGGCCGUCCCGUGUGAGGGAUCUGUUUGCUCAAGCCCGAGCCUGCAGCCCCAGCAUUAUCUUCAUUGAUGAGAUUGAUGCGGUAGGCAGGGCCAGGGGCCGCGGGGGGUUUGCAGGGGGGAAUGACGAGCGGGAGAAUACGUUGAACCAGCUGCUGGUCGAGAUGGAUGGGUUUACUACUACCUCGGGGGUGGUGGUUCUCGCAGGGACGAACCGGCCGGAUAUUCUUGACCCCGCUCUGCUGCGGCCGGGCCGUUUCGACCGUCAGAUUACGAUUGAUCGCCCGGACAUCAAGGGCCGGGAGCAGAUCUUCCGGAUUUACCUGAGCCGCGUGCGGCUGGAUAAGGAGGUGGAGUUUUACUCGCAGCGGAUGGCGGCGCUGACGCCGGGGUUUGCGGGCGCGGACAUUGCGAACGUGGUGAACGAGGCGGCGCUGAUGGCGGCGAGGAAUGACCGCGAGGUGAUCCUCAUGCAGGACUUUGAAGCGGCUGUGGACCGCGUGAUUGGCGGGCUGGAGAAGAAGGGCAAGGUCAUAAGCGCAACGGAGCGGCGCACCGUAGCCUACCAUGAAGCCGGGCAUGCGGUGGUGGCGUGGUUCCUGCAGCACACAGAGCCGCUGCUCAAGGUGUCCAUCGUGCCACGUGGCACCGCAGCAUUGGGUUUCGCACAGUACCUGCCCAACGAGAACCUAUUGAUGACUAAGGACCAACUCAUCGACAUGACUUGCAUGGCCCUUGGGGGGAGGGCGGCCGAGCAGGUGUUACUGGGUAGCGUGUCAACAGGAGCACAGAACGACUUGGAGCGAGUGACCAAGACGACCUACAACCGUGUUGCAGUCUACGGCUUCAGUGACAAGCUCGGGCUGCUCUCCUUCCCCAAGGCCACCAACAGCGAGGGCCUGGAGGGCCUCUCCAAGCCCUACAGCAACGAAACGGCCGAUCUGAUCGACACCGAGGUGCGGGAGGCAGUGGACUCGGCGUACAGAAGGACUCUCGAGCUGAUGGAGAAGCACCGCGGGGGGGUGGCAGCUGUGGCGGAGGAGUUGCUGGUGAAGGAGGUGCUGCAUCAGGAGGAUUUGUGUCAGUGUACGAGCGACUCGUCAGUGUACGAGCUCGGUGUAUGGGGAAAACUAAUGACAGUUCAUCAUUACGGAGAAUGGUGGUGUAACGUGUUACUUUGUGGUAUGCUGUGA